AUGAGCCCCCUCCCCAGCAUGUUCUUCCCCUUGGCCCUGGCCUGCGCCAGCCCCUUCCUGGCUCCGGAUGCUCCUCGGCGGGCGCUGAACGUGGCCGUGGUGCUGAGCGGCUCCUCGUACGGCUCCGGAGCCGCUCGCCUGGCUCCAGGACCCGUCCCAGGCUCCUCCUUCGACGUGAACCCCAUUGGGUUAGUGCUGAACGGGAGCGACCCCCGGAGCCUGAUCCUGCGGCUCUGUGACCUGCUGAGCUCCCUGCCCGUCCAUGGGGUGGUGUUUGAGGAUGACUCCGGCUCCGAGGCCCUGCCCCAUAUCCUGGACUUCGUGUCGGCUCAGACCAACGUGCCCAUCGUGGCUGUCAGCGGGGGGGCGGCGGCUGUCAUCACACCUAAGGAGCAGGGCUCCACGUUCCUGCAGUUGGGCUCCUCCACGGAGCAGCAGCUCCGGGUGAUCCUGGACGUGCUGGAGGAACACGACUGGACCUCGUUCGCGGUGCUGACCACGCACGUGCCUGGACACGAGGCCGUGGCCUCCUACGUGGAGGUCCUGACCGACGGCAGCUUCAUCGGCUGGGAGCUCCGCGGGGUCCUGCGCCUCAACCUCAGCGGCGACCCCGACGGCUCGCGGCUGCGGCGCCAGCUCCGCGACGUGGCGGCUCAGAUCCGCCUGCUCUACUGCUCCCGCGACGAGGCCGACGCCAUCUUCCGCGCCGCGCACGACCUGGGGCUGACCGGGCCUGGAUACGUCUGGUUCCUGGUGGGCGCCGGCCUGGCCGGGAGCAGCCGGUUGCCGGAGCAUGUACCGGCUGGGCUGUUCGCGGUGCUGGCGGCCGGAUGGCGCGAUGAGCUCCAGCAUCGGCUGCUCAAUGGCGUCGCCAUCGUGGCCAAGGGGACUGAGGCUCUGCUGAGGGAUUAUGGGUUCGUGCCGGAGUUUAACAGUGACUGUCGGGCGCCCAACGGGACACGCAACAAGGAGAACCUGCACCGGUACUUCAUGAACAUCACAUGGGGACAGAAGGAUUUCUCCUUCAAUGAGGACGGAUACCUGGUGAACCCUUCCCUGGUGGUCAUAUCCCUCACCAAGGAGCGGAGCUGGGAGGUGGUUGGCAGCUGGGAGCACCAAAUCCUGCGCAUGAAGUACCCGGUGUGGUCCCGGUACGGGAAGUUCCUGCAGCCGGUUGACGGUGACCAGCACCUGAUGGUGGCUACACUGGAGGAGCGUCCGUUUGUCAUCGUGGAGAGCAUCGACCCGUCCACCGGCACCUGCAUCCGCGACUCGGUGCCCUGCCGCAAGCGGCUCAACCGCACCGCCAGCCCCACAUCUCCCCACAGCCCCAGCAUGGAUCUCUUCGAGAAGAAGUGCUGUAAGGGUUUCUGCAUUGACAUCCUCAAGCGCUUGUCUCGCGCCGUCGGCUUCACCUACGACCUGUACCUGGUCACCAAUGGCAAGCACGGCAAGAAGAUCGAUGGGGUGUGGAAUGGAAUGGUGGGAGAGGUGUUCUAUGGGCGCGCGGACAUGGCCAUCGGCUCCCUGACCAUCAAUGAGGAGAGGUCUGAGAUCAUUGACUUCUCGGUGCCCUUCGUGGAGACUGGGAUCAGUGUCAUGGUGUCCAGGAGCAACGGAACAGUGUCCCCGUCUGCGUUCCUGGAGCCCUACAGCCCGGCCGUGUGGGUCAUGAUGUUCGUCAUGUGCCUCACUGUUGUUGCCGUCACCGUCUUCAUCUUCGAGUACUUCAGCCCCGUGGGCUACAACCGGAGCUUGGCCACAGGACAACGUGCCGGCGGCUCCACCUUCACCAUCGGCAAGUCCAUCUGGCUCCUCUGGGCUCUGGUGUUCAACAACUCGGUGCCGGUGGAGAACCCCAAGGGCACCACCAGUAAGAUCAUGGUCCUGGUCUGGGCCUUCUUCGCCGUCAUCUUCCUCGCCAGCUACACCGCGAACCUGGCGGCCUUCAUGAUCCAGGAGGAGUAUGUGGACACCGUGUCCGGGCUCAGCGACCGCAAGUUCCAGCGCCCCCAUGAGCAGUACCCCCCCCUGCGCUUCGGGACCGUCCCCAACGGCAGCACAGAGAAGAACAUCCGCAGUAACUAUCCCACCAUGCACAGUUACAUGGUCAGGUUCAACCAGCGCGGGGUGGAGGACGCACUGCAGCACCUCAAGACGGGGAAGCUGGACGCCUUCAUCUACGACGCGGCCGUGCUGAACUACAUGGCGCGCAAGGAGGAGGGAUGUAAACUGGUGACCAUCGGGUCAGGGAAGGUGUUUGCAUCCACCGGUUAUGGCAUCGCCCUCCAGAGGGGAUCCCGAUGGAAGCGGCCGGUGGACCUGGCGCUGCUGCAGCUGCUGGGGGACGACGAGAUCGAGCUCCUGGAGCGCCUGUGGCUGUCCGGGAUCUGCCACCAGGAGAAGCUGGAGGUGAUGAGCAGCAAACUGGACAUCGAUAACAUGGCCGGAGUGUUCUACAUGCUGCUGGUGGCCAUGGGGCUGAGCCUGCUGGUGUUCGGGGCCGAGCACCUGCUGCACCGGCAGCUGAGGGGGCACCGGGCACCGGCACCGCGGACACUGAUGGCUGUCAGCAGGGGCAUGUACAGCUGCUGCAGCGCUGAGGACCCAUCCCCCACCUCCCCACCCCCUCCCCCCUCCCCCUCUCCCCACCCCCCCUCCCCCUCCCCGCGACCGCCGCCCCCCCCCUCGCACUCCCCCCCCCGCCGAGGUUCCCAUGGCAACGAGGAUGCGGGUGACACCAUCGAGGAUGAGGAUGAGGAGAGCACCGUGUGGUACCUGCGGUGA